UUCUAAGCCACCACUUUCCUCUCUAUCUUCUUCUCUUCUUCCCUGCAACCUUCAUAGUUCAUACCUCAUAAUCAAUUAGGCUGCAACACAACCUAUUUUUCCAAUUUCAAUUUUAUUUCAAUUUUUUUUAAUUUUAAUUUUAUUAAUAUUCACUCACGAAUAUUGCCUGAACCCUAGAGAGAGGAAAUGGGCAACUGCUGGCCCAAGCCCGUCGACAAUCUCCCCACCGCCAACCUCACUCGGCCCACUAGCCCAGCCAACGGCCACGGCCGCCGCGGAUCGGCGGCGAUGGAUCAGGGAGGCGGCGGAGGGCCGGUUCCGGCGAGCGGGAAGAUUGUGACGCCGAACCUGAAGAUGUUCACGCUGGCGGAGCUGAGGAGCGCCACCAGGAACUUCCGGCCGGACACGGUGCUCGGAGAGGGGGGAUUCGGCCGGGUUUUCAAGGGGUAUGUCGACGGGAAGACGCUCGCGCCGUCGAAGGUCGGCGUCGGAGUUCCGGUCGCCGUCAAGAAGUCCGAUCCCGACAGCCAACAGGGCCUCAAGGAAUGGCAGGCAGAGGUGAAAUUCUUGGGUAAAUUUAGUCACCCAAAUCUUGUUAAAUUGUUGGGUUACUGUUGGGAGGAAAGACAAUUUCUCCUUGUCUAUGAAUAUAUGCAAAAGGGAAGCUUAGAAAGUCAUCUCUUUAGAAAGGGUUCUGGGGAAACAAUACCAUGGGAAAUAAGGAUGAAAAUAGCAAUUGGAGCAGCUCGAGGCCUUGCUUUCCUCCACAACACAGAAAAACAAGUCAUUUACAGAGAUUUUAAGGCCUCCAACAUUUUACUCGACUCAGAGUACAAUGCAAAGCUUUCGGACUUCGGGCUUGCAAAGUCGGGCCCGGACAAUGGCAACUCACACGUCACAACUAAGGUGGUCGGCACUUAUGGUUACGCUGCUCCUGAGUAUAUGGCUACUGGUCAUUUGUAUGUGAAAAGCGACAUCUACGGUUUUGGAGUGGUGCUUUUAGAGAUAAUAACGGGCCUGCGAGUGCUGGACCUCAGACGGCCCACUGGGCAGACCAAUUUGGUGGAUUGGGCCAAGCCUUUCCUGCCUAACAAAAAGAAGCUGAGGAAACUAAUGGACCCCCGGCUUCAGGGUCAGUACCCAUCAAAGGCCGCGUUUGGCAUAGCGGAGCUCAUACUAAAAUGCCUCGAGCCCGACCCAAAAUGUCGGCCCGAUAUGGAGGAAAUUUUGGGUGAAUUGGAGAAGAUGAAUGAAAUUCACAUGAAGCCCAAGGAACUUAAAGCCCGAGGGAAACAACACCAACAAAAUGGGGACCUCUAUCCCCAGUACCCCGAUUGGGCCCACCACACGUACGAAGGCAGCGGUGGUGGUCGGGCCCAUGGGGCUGGCCCAAGGCAUCACAAUGCGAAGGUGGUCCGGACUUGUUGAUGGGUUUUUGAGUCGGGCUUGGUUUGGGCCUCUGAUCGACUUGGAAUUCGGUUUUGUAAUACAUGAGUCCUUGGAUUUUUGUUUGUGGUGGCCCAAUAUGGAGUUGUUAGUUGAUCUUUGUCUUGAAGUAUAGCACCUACAACUUUUUAAAUUAUUUUAUUUUAUUUUUUGGUAUGUUUUUGUAUAUUUUUUAUAACAACAACAAAAAAACAACAACA